UCUGCAGAUUUUGUCGGAGUAAGCAAUAGCUGGUAAAGUUCUAUAAAAUAAAAUUAAAAAGCAGUGCUGUAUGCGCCUAUCCCUUUAGAUCACAUUACAAGCCUAUCCGACGUGCCCAGCAUAGGCUUUACGUCAUAAUACAGCGACAAGGCAAGUCAGGUGGCUGGGGUUUGUGGAAGUCUUGAUAGAUAGUGGGUGUAUUGAUUGCUUUUAACGGUCAUUGCACGCUAUACAGGGUAAAAACAGAAAAAAAGGUAAAAACAAUUAAAUUAACGUUUGCUGCGCCUGAGACGUUUUAUCACCUGAAGCGUAGUUUAUUUCGCAGCUUGGUUUAACUCGUUCGUUGAAACGCAAACACCGUGCAGACCGCUAUACGACUGUUUUCUUUAGGCUACUGAAUAGCUAAUAUCUACACAGCUACACUAUAGCCUAUUCGAGCAAACAAGGCAUCGGUAUCUUUUACAGUAGAGGAAUAUGGAUACCAACGUUUCUUUUUUAAAAUAUGAAUUGGCCGCCACCAUCGAGCAGGCGGUGAGAAACGCCGUAGAGACCGUCUUGAGGGAAACGGCGAAGGUAGUAGGAACCAAGCUGUCGGCGGCUCAUACUGCGGCCGCAGAGUCUCAUCGGGAGAAUCAAAGUUUGAGAGAAAGACUGGACAUUUCAGAGAGCGAACUGAAGGCGGUGCGUUACUAUAUGACAGCUGCCGAGAAGAAUAUUAAACAGUGUUUGCUUCUCAAUCAGAGUCAACCACGGUCACACGCCAUAAGCUCUGAACAUCCAAACAGCGGAGAUGCCAUCUUUUCCCUAACGUUACCAUCGACAUCCGAUCCGACUCUUGGUCCUCACGGCGUUGGUGCUACGCGCAGGUCGGCCAAAUCACUUCGCAACUUAUCUGCAAGAUCUCAGUUUUCAAAGUCAUUUCCUAGUGUUGGUCUCUGCUUACCGACUGUACAGCCAGACUGGGCAAGAAGUAGUACGAACCGCAGGAGAAUGCGUUCCUCCACUUCGGGAAAUCUGUAUGUGACAAACCAUAGCCAAACCACACACAAUGAUUUGCAGAGUCAACACGUAUUGCUGGAAACUGCGGAGGAUCCAGAAAACCAAUUCUAUAUUACAGACGAAGGCGUCGCAGAUAAAGAGUACACUGGCGCUGUGGGGACCGAGGAGAACGACGGAAGAGUCCUGCAGGAGCCGGAUGGUGUGGGAGCACAGCCAAAGGAACGGCCUGACAUCACCAAGUUUGAGUUUGAGAUGGGGGGCCCUGCAGGCGACGUGAAUGAGCUGGGCCUGAUCCGGGUUAUGGAGGAUGGGAACGAGGUCAAAGACGGGGCCGUCAAGAUCGAGGACGACCCUGAGGAACCCGUCCUGGAGCCCCUGGUCUCUGACCUGGGUGUCCCGGCACAGCAGCUGUCACCCCCCUCCGGUGAAAGUGGAGGUGCCAGUAUGAGCUUCACAGUGCCUUCCAUGGAAAACCCCGACCUGGCUGCCAUGCAGACGCAGAGGGAGAGCCCGGACAAGGUCCACCGCUGCAAUGUGUGCGGCCGCGGGUUCCGCCGGUUCUACUGCCUGAAGACCCACCAGCGCAUCCACACGGGCGAAAGGCCGUACCCCUGCAGGUACUGCGAGAAGCGAUUCCGCCACCUGGACAGCCUGCACAAGCACCAGCGCAUCCACACCGGAGAGCGGCCAUACCGCUGCACCCAGUGCAGCUGCUGCUUCCGUGAACUCGGUCAGCUCAAGAAGCACCGGCUGACCCACUCGCCCGUCCCUCUUGCCCCCCACCCCGUGCUCUCUCUGCCCCCGACGACGCACUCCUUCCCCUGGUCUCAUCUCGCUUCACAGUCCCUGGAUUCCACUUAAGAGUACCCCUGAUAUCGGUCGGAAAAUAUCAAACUUCUUUUAUUUGCAUACAGCGCUAAUUGAAGCAUGAGACACAUGCCCAGACAGCCCAACAGUUGCAGCAAAUAAGUAAUGUUUUCAUAAAGUUUAUGGUUACAGUUGUAUUUUUAAAUAUUGCUGCAGUGUAAUGGCAGUUGUGACAAUUGUGUGUAAAUGUGUUAGGUACAUAGAAUUAAAACCUAUAAUUAGUCUUGUUAUCAAGGUUGGGCAGAAUAGUCAUUCUGUACAAGGAUUCUCAAGAUGCAUGACCAACCAAAAUUAAUCUUGGACUUUUUCCAUGGGACCUGUGGGGGUAACCUGGUUUCUGUGGAAGAUAACUGGGAUCCGGCACCCAGCACUGCUAGUUAUGGUCUUAUUCUUUUUGGUCAAAAACCCUGAAUAAAUCCUAUCCGUCAUGGUUUGCUUUUUGCAUAUGUCAAUAAUACAGCAGAGCUGAUGUUUCUUUGGUGUGAUAGAUGGGAAUGUAAGUGCAGGGUUUUUCUAUCAACCUCAGUUUAUAUUUGACACAUUUGAGGAUGUUUGUGCUGUAUGUUGUGCUGAAUUCAUGUUGAAAUGUGGUGCUUGCCCUCUCUGAGAUUCUAAUUAAUAUGUUUCUCUGUCCAUGGAUGCCGGUGAACACAUUUACUCAUCGUUCAAAAUGUGCUACUAUAACUGCCUAAUUGCCUGUUCUUACUUGCCACUUUCGGAUGUACUUGGCUCCUAUUAUAUUGAAUCGGAGCCAUUCAAUGGGGCUGUUCGUAUUUUCAAUUUCCUCAGGUAUACCUGACCCCCCGUACCCUUUCCAGCAGCAUCUGGCCUAAACUGCCACUAACUCCCCACCCCCCCCACCCAUAUUCUGUUUGUACAUUUGCCGAUGUGAAAGAUGGACUGACAACUGCAGAUACAGGGAAGUUGAAGGAGACAAAAUGGUCAUGUUACAGUGUGUCAUUUGCAUUUUUUUUGCUGCCCUGCAGAAAUUGCAGUUAUUUCUUGUGUAUUAUUACAAAAUAUUACUCUGAUUUCAUUGUGCAAAUUAAACAAGGUCCUUGUUUUUGGAUUGUUUUAUUAUUAUUAUUUCGAGAUUAUGCUUAGUGUACAGCCCUUAUGGUGAACUGAAGUCUGGAAGGACAGUCGUUCAUGUUCUAUGGGGGGCCUCGCUGUGGCUCAAGCUGUAAAGACACUCGUUCUCAGCAAAGCAUGAGCCCUGCAAAAAAAGAGUAGAUGUAUCACCAAGACCUCUCACAUCUGGAAAGCCUGAUUCAUUGAAGGCACUAGAAUAAUAGGGAGUAAUUAUAAUGAAAUGUUUCCAUUCCAUGUUGCCUACUUUCCAGCACCAUCAAAUAUUUAAGUGCCUUGCCCAGAGGAUAUGUAACCCCCCUCUACAAACAAUCUGCCUGGGAAAAACAGUUCCUUUCGUAAUACUUAAUUUCCAUGUAGAACUUCAGACACUGCUGUUAAAUAAUUAAAUGGGAUUAAACAAAA